AUGGCACGAAGCUCUUCACCCUUACCAAUGCGGCACUCAAACGCUUUACCACGCACCCCAUCGCUCGCUCGCAACACGAGUACCAUCGACGACGCCGACGAGCUAGCAGAUACCAUUCCCUGCUCUCCGUCUGCCUUUUUACGAGAUCCACAAACAACACAGCCGACACAAGUCCUUCAGAAACCUACACUUGCGCCUAUGCGGUCAUCCUCACCUGCUAGCAGCAUAAUCGAAGUUCCUGCAUCCUCGCCUUUUCAACAGGCCAAGCCUACACCCCUAGGCAAUCGGCUUGCCCCUGCUGGCACGGUCUUUCGUCCACCACAACGGACUUUUCCCUCAAUGAACAACAAGCGGCCGGCUCAAGAGCCUAUCAGUCUCAUCUCAGACGACGAAGAUGACCUCACACCUCCCCGCGGUGAUAUCCGACCGACAAUGUUUAAGGCACAUGUGGCGGCAUUCGCCUACAGACCCGAAUCCGAUGCGAUCGAGCAGAAGUCAGUUAUAACAAAGCUCCGGCAGAUAUACGAUGUCUUCGGAGACAAGGUUCCAUCACACAAGGCCAAGGAAGCUUUGAGUGCAUGCAAUAACGAUCUUGACGAAACAAUUUCAUUCCUAGAGCGUGAGGCAUCUCAGCCCAGACCGGCUGUGAAGUCCAAGACUGGUAGACGACUGAUCAGCAAGGGAGAUUUACAAACAUCAGCAACAUCCAGCCGGGACAAUUCUGUUCCCCACGCGGCAUCCCCUAGCCCCGAGAAGAAGCCCCGGCGACGACUGGUUCAAGGUAUUCGACAGCAGUCCAUUCCAUCGUCACCACCAGUCCCCUCUUCUCCUGCGGCGCCUGCACAUGCCUCGAGUGACGAUCCAUUGGUUAUCAACCUAAUCGACGAUGACAAGGAAGAUACCUAUCAGGCCGAGGCCUCACCAGAUCCUUCCGACGAUGAUGAUGAUAGGGUGCUGACCUCCCUUAACACAUGCACUGUCCAAGAACUAGCGGCUAUGACAGGCAUGAGGGAGGAUCAGCUUGCAUGCAUGAUUGAGAAGCGACCUUUUGAAGAUAUCUCAAAAGCCAGGCGUGUCACUAUUGGCAAGAAACUGGGCGCGAAAAAGGCUUCCAAGAUCAGCAUUGGAGAGAAUGUGGUCGAUGCUGUCGAAGUUUUCCUUAAUGCAGUUGAAGCAAUUGACAAGGUCGUUGACAAGUGCGAGCGCGACGCCAAAGCCAUCAAGCAGCAGGUUGACACCUGGGACAUUGACACUUUUGGUCAUGACAAACUACGAGGACAACGGCAGGACUCUGAGGACCUUCCGCCUACUCCCACAAGCAUAAGCGCGACCAAAUACGUACGCCCACCCAUUGCUAAGCAGCCCAAGUAUAUGGAUGGACACUGCAAAAUGAAGCCCUUCCAACUUGUCGGUCUCAAUUGGAUGUCCUUGCUCUACAAGUUCAACAUUGGUUGCAUCCUCGCCGAUGAAAUGGGCUUGGGCAAAACUUGCCAGGUCAUCUCACUCAUCAGUCACUUUGUUCAAGAUUAUGAAGAGAGUAACAGCAACAACAAGGGAAGACGGCCCUGGCCUAAUCUGGUCGUCGUUCCACCCAGUACAUACAACAACUGGCUCGUUGAGUUUGAAAGGUUUGCUCCCGACCUAACGGUAAUUGGAUAUCGAGGCUCUCAGGCAGUGCGAGCUGAGAUUGCGUAUGAGAUUGAACAAGAGCCUGAGGCAUUCCAUGUCGUUCUUGCGACGUACUCUCAAAUCAAUAAUGAAGCAGACAUUGAGGCUAUGCAGUCCAUCGAACUUAAUGCUGCUAUCUUUGACGAAGGUCACAAGAUGAAAAACCCUCAGACCAAGAUUUACAGAGACCUUCGUCGCAUUCCGGCUUCGUGGAAGAUGCUCCUUACAGGAACUCCUGUACAGAACAACUUGUUAGAGAUGACAUCACUUCUCAAUUUUAUCAAUCCUGAGAUAUUUAAGGGCUGUAUGGAGCAGAUUCAGUACAUCUUCAGUCAAAAAGUCACCAUUCGAGACGUGUCAAACGGUGCUUUUUUGUACAGCGAACGUGUCAAGCGAGCUCGCACUAUUCUGGAGCCUUUUAUCCUUCAGCGUCGCAAAGACCAGGUCCUAUCAGACAUGCCUCCCAAGGUUUGCACUGUCGUUCGUUGUGACCUGGAUGAGAAGCAAAAGCAAGUAUACGCCGAGUACGAAGAGAUGUUCAAGCUAGAGCCAUCCAAGCGGGUAACCAAGGUUCUUGGCCGUGGAAACGAUCAAAACAAUUGCUGGAUGCAGCUUCGCAAGGCAGCUCUACAUCCGCUCCUAUUUAGGCGUCACUUUAACGAUAAAAGGGUCGAACAGAUGGCUACGAUCCUCAUGAAUAGUGUUUCACAGGACGACCUGCGUCAACCAGACAUCAAGCACCUCAUUCAGGAACUCAAGGAUUCCUCUGAUUUUGGGCUCCAUCUCUGGUGCCGUGACUACCCAGGACUUCUCGGGAAGUUUGACAUUCCUCCAGAGGCAGAAAUGGACAGUGGCAAGGUCAAGAAGCUAUUGGAGCUGAUCAACCACUAUCAGAAGAACGGUGAUCGAGUUCUGGUUUUCAGCAAGUUCUCUCGUGUCAUUGAACUGCUGCAAGAGGUUCUUGCUCAACAACACAUCCAGCAUCGAGUUCUGAUGGGCAGCACCAGUGUUGAAGAGCGGCAAACACUAAUCGACGAAUUCAAUGAGCACCCUGAGAUCCCCGUCUUCUUGCUCACUACUGGAGCAGGUGGCACAGGUAUCAACCUCACAACUGCCAACAAGGUCGUCAUUUUUGACCAAUCGGACAAUCCUCAGGACGAUAUUCAAGCCGAGAAUCGCGCUCAUCGUCUCGGCCAGAAACGAGAUGUUGAAAUUAUCCGACUCAUCGCAACCAACACCAUCGAGGAGCUCAUCUACAAGGCAUGUCAGAAGAAGAUCGAGCUCGCCAACAAGGUUACAGGAGCUGUUGAGGAUGAAGACCCCGCUCUGACAGAACAUACACUUGAGACGGAGGUCCGCAAGAUGCUCAUGGAGGAGCAGAUGACACCUCCUUAG